CGAAGAAGGACAGGGGCGAGGAAGGAAAACUAACAAAAAUGCUGUAAACUUAUGUUAAGUCGUGCUGACGUGAUUAACAUGCAAGUAAACAGUACCUUUCGCGUUUAAGUUUAUAGUACAAGCUCAUAGACAGGGUAACAAAUUUGGAGGCAUAGCUGGGAGUUAUUUACAUGUGAGCACAGGCCCAUAUUCAUUGAACGGAAAACGAAUGAGAGACGUUUGAGAGUAACUAGCUAGCUAACGUUAGCGGGCUAACCACGCAACGGAUUUCUAGCUAUCUUGCCAUUGCCUGCAUUGUCGUUAUUUCCACGUGAGUAGGAAAAUAUGAAUCGAGAAAGAGAAACGUUGUUGGAUGAAAUCGAACAGAGUUUAUGGACUUUAACUGAGGACAAUUUACGGCACCUGUGUGUACGUUGUGGAAUAGGAGGUGUGAUGACUCUGAAGUGAAAGGAAAGAGCCGUCGCGCAUUGCGGCGCAAACUGAUUCAAGAUUACUGUGAGAAGGAGGAUUUAAUGGAAUCGGAGGAUGAGGGAAUAUUUUGUCUGUUACAACUGAAAGACGAAAUAAAAAUAAUAUCAGACUCGGAGGAUGCUGCGAACCGUCUGCCUACAAGUCCUAGCCAGUCGGCGCCAACGACGCACUUGGACAGCGAACCCAGCGGAGAGACAGGAGCUGCGGCAGGACGGAAAGAGGAGGUAGGGGGUCCUCAGUCAAGCAGAAAGUUCACAGGCAUGCUACCUGUGCUCCCUCUAGAAGUCCUGGAGGAGAUGCUCCUAAAUGUCCCUCCACAGCAGGUGGUGUGUGUCUGUCGACUUGUGUGUCGUGAGUGGAAAGAAGUGGUGGACAGUGAUUCCCUUUGGAGAGAGAGGUGCCGAAGAGAAGGAUACCAGACAUAUGUGACUAAACUACCUAAAGACUGGCGUUUGUUUUACUUCUUGUGUAAGAAGAGACGUAAUCUUCUCAAGAACCCCAGAGCAGAUGAUAAAUUCAAGGGCUGGCAAAUUAUGGAGAAUGGAGGGGAUAAAUGGAAAAUAGAGUCAGUGGAAGAAGUGCCGCUUCCUGACAACACUGUCCAAAAGUACUUUGCGACUUCUUACUCGACCUGCAGGAAGUCUCAGCUGAUUGACUUGGAGAAAGAGGGUUACAGGCCUUCUUUCAUGGAUGACUUUCAACCCGACAUCAUUAUAUCCGACUGGUAUGCUCCACGGAGGGAAUGUGGCGCUAAAUAUGAGAUCUGUGUUGAGUUGCUAAAUCAUAAGAAGCAGCCAAUUAAGAAGUUUAGUCCAGGAACUGUCAUCUUUCAAAACUGGGAUGAUCAUAAAUGGAAUCAGAUGACCCAUGUGUUCAAGAAUUAUGGACCAGGUGUGCGGUACAUCCGAUUCAUUCAUGGAGGAAAGGAUACUCUGUACUGGGCCGGCUGGUAUGGAAUUCGGGUCACCAACAGUAGCAUCGAGAUCUGCCCAUCGGUGGACAGAUAGCUUUCGGUGUUCCUAUUUACUCUCCCAAGAGGUUACAUGUGAACAUUGUGCCCACCUGCAAGCUUUACUUUGGCAUCUGUACCUUAGCAUAGUGUACACCUUGUUCUGUCUUUUCUGCCUUUGGCACCCUGUUUCCAUGUGGAUAUAGACAAUUCUAGCUAUAGAAUAUAUACUUUUUAAUAUAUUACUAUUAAUUUUCCCCUAGUCUGAUUUAGUGCCUGUUUUUGUGCACUCUGUUCUAGUGAGUCCUUGUGGACACUAGAGAGAAACAGAAGACAAGAACGUGUUCCUCAGUCUUGUCUUUCUGUGAUGGGGUUAGAGUAUUUUGUAUUUUAAACCGUAAGAAGGAUAUAGUAGUAAGAAAACAGAAACCACUGUUUAUUGCAACCACAUCGAGCUGUUGUCGUCAAGGGAAAGGGUGGCUACUUUGAAGAAUCUCAAAAUAUAUUUUGAUGUAAUGCCUUUUUUGGUAAUUACAUGAUUACAUAUGUUAUUUCAUAGUUUAUGUCUUUACUAUUAUUCUACAAUGCAGAAAAUAAAGAAACCCCGGAAUGAGGUGUCACCUUUUGACUGGUAAUGUACAGUUGAAGUCGGAAGUUUACAUACACUUAUGUUGGAGUCAUUAAAACUUAUUUUUUUUUUAUUUUACCCCCCUUUUUCUCCCCAAUUUCGUGGUGUUCAAUUGGUAGUAGUUGCUGUCCUAUCGCUGCAACUCCCGUAUGCCUCGGGAGAGGCGAAGGUCGAGAGCCAUGCUUCCUCCAAAACACAACCCAACCAAACCGCACUGAAUCUUUUUUUAUGUUUAAAAAAAUAAUAAUUUGCCCUUUUUCUCCCCAAUUUCGUGGUAUCCAAUUGUUUUUUGUAGCUACUAUCUUGUCUCAUCGCUACAACUCCCGUACGGGCUCGGGAGAGACGAAGGUUGAAAGUCAUGCGUUCUCCGAUACCCAACCAAGCCGCACUGCUUCUUAACACAGCGCGCACCCAACCCGGAAGCCAGCCGCACCAAUGUGUCGGAGGAAAAACCGGUCAGCAUGCACUGCACCCGGCCUGUCACAGGAGUCGCUAGUACCAGAUGAAAUAAGGAUAUCCCUGCCGGCCAAACCCUCCCUAACCUGGACGGCUGAGACAGAGCCUGGACUCGAACUCAGAAUCUCUGGUGACACAGCUGGCACUGCGAUGCAGUGCCUUAGAACACUGCGCCACCCGGGAGGCCUUAAAUCUCGUUUUUCAACAACCCCACAAAUUUCUUGAUAACAAACUAUAGUUUUGGCAUGUCGGAUAGGACAUCUACUUUGUGCAUAACACAGAAAAGUUUUCCAACAAUUGUUUACAGAAAGAUUUUUUCACUUAUAAUUCACUGUAUCACAAUUCCAGUGGGUCAGAUGUUUACAUACACUAAGUUGACUGUGCCUUCAAACAGCUUGGAAAAUUCCAGAAGAUGUCAUGGCUUUAGGAGCUUCUGAUAGGCUAAUUGACAUCAUUUGAGUCAAUUGGAGGUGUACCUGUGGAUGUAUUUUAAGGCCUACCUUCAAACUCAGUGCAUCUUUGCUUGACAUCAUGGGAAAAUCAAAAGAAAUCAGCCAAUACCUCAGAAAAAUAAUUGUAGACCUCUGGUUUAUCCUUUCCAAAUGCCUGAAGGUACCAUGUUCAUCUGUAAGUUUAAAAACCAUGGGACCACGCAGCCAUCAUACCGCUAAUAAAGGUGAUGCAUUCUGUCUCCUGGAGAUGAACGUACUUUGGUGCGAAAAGUGCAAAUCAAUCCCAGAACAACAGCAAAGGACCUUGUGAAGAUGCUGUAGGAAACAGGUACAAAAGUAUCUCUAUCCAUUGUAAAACGGGUCCUAUAUCGACAUUACCUGAAAUGCUGCUCAGCGAGGAAGAAGCUACUGCUCCAAACCCACCAUAAAAAAGCCAGAUUAUGGUUUGCAACUACACAUGGGGACAAAGAUCAUAGUUAUUGGUGAAAUAUUCCCUGGUCUGAUGAAACAAAAAUAGAACUGUUUGGCCAUAAUGACCAUCGUUAUGUUUGGAUGAAAAGGGGGGACGCUUGCAAGCCGAAGAACACCAUCCCAACCGUGAAGCACAGGGGUGGGAGCAUCAUGUUGUGGGGGUGCUUUGCUGCAGGAGGGACUGGUGCACUUCACAAUAUAGAUGGCACCAUGAGGAAGGACAAUUAUAUGGAAGCAACAUCUCAAGACAUCAGUCAGGAAGUUAAAGCUUGGUCGCAAAUGGGUCUUCCAAAUGGACAAUGACCCCAAGCAUACUUCCAAAGUUGUGGCAAAAUGGCUUAAGGACAAAGUCAAGGUAUUGGAGUGGCCAUCACAAAGCCCUGACCUCAAUCCUAUAGAAAAUGUGUGGGCAGAACUGAAAAAGCGUGUGCGCUCUCGGAGGCCUACAAACCUGACUCAGUUACACCAGCUCUGUCAGGAGCUUAUUAUAGGAAGGUUGUGGAAGGCCACCUGGAACAUUUGACCCAAGUUAAACAAUUUAAAGGCAAUGCAACCAAAUACUGAGUAUGUAAACUUCUGACCCACUGGGAAUAUGAUAAAAGAAAUGGUGAAAUAAAGCUCUCUAUUCUGACAUUUCAGAUUCUUAAAAUAAAGUGGUGAUGCUAAUUGACUUAAGACAGGGAAUUUAUACUCUGAUUAAAUGUCAGGAAAUGUGAAAAACUUAGCCAAAUAUAUUUGGCUAUGUAAACUUCUGACUUCAACUGUAGGUGAAUUAGACAAGGAUUUUAUUUUUAUUAAAAAGACUGCAUGGAGGCUUUAAACAAGGCAGACCGACCAAAGGAAAGAAAGCAAAGUGAACUUGAAUGUAAAUUUGUAUGUACAUAACCAUCUGACAAAGGACACCUUAAGAAAUAGUUAACUUUUGUAAACAUUUUAUUUGUUAACAUAUACAGUAUAUGAGGAUACACAACCUUACUAUAUGUAUGAAGAUCAUUAUUUCAAGUGUUGGUAUAACUGUUUGUAAAACUAAUACUUUUCAAUUCAAUUAUAUAAUGUAGGCUAAUUUGGUUGUACUGCAAUCCUGUCGAGAUUGCUUCUUAUGCCUUUACAAUAUUAAAUAAAUGUAAGUGUACGGUCCUUGUUUCUUCAA